AUGGCGUCGAUCUUGGCCCAUACCAUGGCAGCAGCUCAAACUGCAGUGCCCGCAAAGAUUAGCAAAGCGGCGGCUCUAGCGCCAGGCAGUCGCCAGCUGGCUUCGUCCUUCGCCCGUUCACCUGCCACUGCGCGCACUCGGCGGUCACUGCGGGUGCGCGCAGAGGCGAAGGACAUUCUGUUCGACCAGGCGGCGCGGUCCGCCAUGCAGUCUGGCAUCGACAAGCUCGCGGACGCCGUAGGCGUCACGCUCGGCCCGCGAGGUCGCAACGUGGUGCUGGACGAGUUCGGCACUCCCAAGGUGAUCAACGACGGCGUGACCAUCGCGAGGGCCAUCGAGCUGCCCGACCCCAUGGAGAACUCCGGCGCCGCGCUCAUCCGCGAGGUGGCGUCGCGCACGAACGACUCGGCGGGCGACGGCACGACGACGGCGAGCGUGUUGGCGCGCGCGCUGAUCAACCUGGGGCUGCUCAACGUCACGGCGGGCGCCAACCCCGUCGCGCUCAAGAAGGGCAUCGACAAGACCGUCGCGUACCUCGUCGACGCGCUCAAAGACCGCGCGCGCCCCGUCAAGGGCCGCGACGAUAUCAAGGCGGUGGCGACGAUCAGCGCGGGCAACGACGAGGAGAUCGGCGCGAUGAUAGCGGACGCCGUCGACAAGGUGGGCGCCGACGGCGUGCUCUCCAUCGAGAGCUCCUCGUCCUUCGAAACCACCGUCGACGUCGAGGAAGGCAUGGCGAUUGAUCGCGGUUACAUUUCGCCGCAGUUCGUGACGAACACGGAGAAGAUGCUCGUGGAGUUCGACAACGCGCGCGUGCUUGUCACGGACCAGAAGAUCACGGCGAUCAAGGACAUCAUCCCGGUGUUGGAGCGCACGACGCAGCUGUCGGCGCCGCUGCUGAUCAUCGCGGAGGACGUGUCGGGCGAGGCGCUCGCGACGCUGGUGGUGAACAAGCUGCGCGGCGUGCUGCAGGUGGCUGCCAUCAAGGCGCCCGGCUUCGGUGAACGCCGCAAGGCGCUGCUGCAGGACAUUGCUAUUGUCACGGGGGCGGAGUUCAUGGCGUCGGAUUUGGGGCUCAAGGUGGAGGGCGCCACGGCGGACCAGCUGGGCGUGGCGCGCAAGGUGACCAUCAGCAGCGGCAGCACCACGCUCAUUGCUGACAGCGCCACUAAGGACGAGAUCGCGGCGCGUGUGGCGCAGAUCAAGCGCGAGCUGCAGGAGACUGACAGCGUCUACGACACUGAGAAGCUCUCCGAGCGCAUUGCCAAGCUGGCUGGUGGUGUGGCCGUCAUCAAGGUGGGGGCAGCAACGGAGGCGGAGUUGGAGGACCGCAAGCUGCGCAUUGAGGACGCCAAGAACGCCACGUUUGCCGCCAUCGAGGAGGGCAUCGUGCCGGGCGGCGGCGCCACCAUGGUGCACCUCGCAGCGCUGGUGCCGGGCUUCAAGGCGCAGCUGACGGACGCGGAGGAGCGCAUCGGCGCUGACAUCGUGGAGCGCGCCCUGCUGGCGCCGUGCUCGCUCAUCGCUCACAACGCGGGUGUGGAGGGCGCAGUGGUGGUGGAGCGCGUGAGGGAGAGCGAGUGGGAGAUGGGGUACAACGCCAUGGCCGACCAGUAUGAAGACCUCCUCGCCUCUGGAGUGAUUGACCCCGCCAAGGUGACGCGGUGUGCGCUGCAGAACGCGGCAUCGGUGGCGGGCAUGGUGCUGACGACGCAGGCCAUCGUGGUGGAGAAGCCCAAGAACAAGGACGCCGCUGCUGCCUCCACCCCCUACUCGCCACAAGUGCCCCUUACCCUCUAG